AUGCCCGUUCAAGGGAUAUUGGGGUACUUAGAUCCUCAGCACUUCCAAACAAGUCAAUUAACCGAGAAGAGUGGUGUUUAUAGCUUUGGAGUUAUGUUGGUUGAACUUUUAACCGGGAAAAAGUCAUUGUGUAUGGACAGAAGUGGGGAAGAAAGGAAUUUAGUGACGUAUUUUAUAGUGUCAUUAAAAAAGAAACGAUUAUUUCAAAUUCUUGAGCCUACAGUUGUAAAGGAAGGAACACUAGAUCAACUUCAAGAAAUUUAUGAGCUUGUGAAAAGAUGUGUUAAUCUUACUGAUGAGAGGCCUACGCAGAAAGAAGUGGCAAUUCAACUUGAAGGUUUAUGGAAGUUUACUUAA